AUGGCAAAAGUACAUAAAAAUAUUCAUCAAGGAUUAGCAUCUAGACUUACAACAGAAGAAGAAUUGAAAAAGAUUCAGUGUUGCAAUUGUAAAGAAAUUGUUGAUGAUGCUAGACAAUGUCACAAAGGUCAUUUAUUUUGUUAUGCCUGUAUACAAGGAAUUGCUAAUGGUGAGAAAACAUGCAAAUGUCCUGCUGACUGUAAUGUUGAAAUCAGUCUUGAUAAUCUUAUUGUUUGUGUUGUUGCUGACCUAUGGGUUCAAGAUGUAAAAAUUAUGCUCCUCACAUCAAGUGUUGCAAUUAUAUACCAAUAUUGUGCUAUAGAUGUAAUCAGGAAUAUUGUAAACAGACGGGAUGUGGCUGUGAAUCACUCAUCACAAUGUCUAAUGAAAGAGGAUGAGGAGAAACAAUUAUUCUUUAAAAUCUAUAAACAAAUUUAUCUAAGACAAAAGAUCAACGAGUUGGGUCGAAGGAUCGGACCUCAACUAUUUGAUGACUCUUUAGACUAUGCAGAGUAUAUUUGCAAAUAUGAUCAUUGGCAUCAUGCAACUGCAAUGUUGGAGCAUGGUCAUAGAUCUUCAUUCUUGGCAUCGAAUCUUGCUAUGUUGUCAUGUGUAGCUGGUAAUCUUGAUAUUGUUCGUAUAUUGGUCACUCAAAAGUGGCCAAUCGCACAACAACAAACAGAUUUACAAGCUUGGUUCAAAGACCACUAUCCAGUUCCAUCGGCAGCCAAAUACUUUGUCGAAAAGGUUGACGCAAUGCAAUUGUCAGUGACCAAAUUUUUACAAAGACAUCCAACCUACCAAACCAACCAUACUGCAAUCAACAAGAGACUUGAAUUGGAUCAACACCCUUCCAAAAACACAAUGGGUUAUUUUUGGAACCAGAUCGAAUUGGAGUUCAAAGAUAGAUACCCAAACCUCGAAACAUUCUUACCAUUCAUACACGAGGUUACUUUGGAAGCAUCACUUGGAGAAUACAGAAAGAUCCUAGAGGUUAUUCCAUUUACCGAAUCUCUUCCACAGAUUAUUGAAAGUGUUGGAUUGAAAGAUCCUCAACCUGGCCUUCUCAGAGAGUCAUUAUUGCACUUUAUUGAUGUUAGAACUGAUGAUGAUGCUCUCCCGAUUGCCUUGUAUUUGCUCAGUCUUGGAUAUAAAGAUGCGAUAUUUAAUACCAAAGAAAGGCUGAUCCAUUACUUUAGUAAGGAUCCAUCUAUCAACCCCAAUCCAAUCGAUCCAGAACGACAAAUGAACAAUCUUGCAAAAAUAACUCAAUAUGCAAACGAAACAGGUCUACAAGACCUCGAGAAUGACAUUCGAAACAAUAAGCUUCUAAAUAGACUGGUCAAAGAAAAUGUGGUGGACAAGGAAUUGGUAACAAGAUUUCAGAGCAGAAAGAAAUUGGAUGAUCGCAAAAAGACAAUCAUUGCAAAUACUUGCUCACAAAAUCUAUUCUACUCUGAAUGCACUCACAUUCCUUCACAUGUUGUUGAAAUGCAAAAGGCAGUCAUUGCAAAUGGAUCCAAAAAGAGUUUACAAUUUCUUCAAUAUAUUGCAACUAUGAAUCAAGACACCACACAACCUAUUGUUGUUGAUAAAAGUAUGGUUGCAUCUGGAUCUAUUGAAAUGUUUGAAUACUUUGUCAAACCAAAGGAUAUGAACAGCACACAUAUUCAAUUGAUAGUGUCAAGUGGUCAAGUUGACAUGUUGGACCAUUACGUCAAUACACUUGGUUGGGUCAAAGAUACACUCUUGUCAUUACCACAAGACUCAUUCCUCAAGGAUCUAGUCCAUGGUCAACAUCUAGAGAUGCUACUCUAUCUACACAACAAUGGGUACCACUUUUUUGCAACUAAAAAUCUUCAUUCCUACAUUCAAACCCAACAUGUUGAUCCCGAUCCAUCCCUUAAAAUCAUCAUCAAGUGUGAUGUCAUUUAA